AUAUAUACAGUGGGUACGGAAAGUAUUCAGACCCCCUUAAAUUUUUCACUCUUUGUUAUAUUGCAGCCAUUUGCUAAUAAAUCUGCAAAAAUGUCAACAAUUCUGUGUUUUUCUGUCAAUAUGGGGUGCUGUGUGUACAUUAAUGAGGAAAAAAAAUGAACUUAAAUGAUUUCAGCAAAUGGCUGCAAUAUAACAAAGAGUGAAAAAUUUAAGGGGGUCUGAAUACUUUCCGUACCCACUGUAUAUAUUGACCGGGGGCAAAUGUAACGGGGGCAAUUGUAACAUUUCAAAUUACACCAAUCAGAAACGAGACAGAACCAUGAAACUCAUUUUGCAUGUGCUCUGUGGAGAUCCCUCUCUGCAUGCCAAAGCACAAACUUCUAAAUCAUUGGUUAAGUUUUUCUACAAAGACUCAUUUUUGAGGUAUAAAAGUUUUUUUUUUUUUUUUCAUCUACAGUAUUUUCCUCAUACUGUCUUAAACAUUAAUGUCUAUGAAUUUAAAUCUGUCUUGUUUUGAUGACCAUUCUGUUGUCUAACAUUUGAUAUCUUUGUCAAACAUUAGCUUUGUUGUUUCUAGCUAGCAGGGUAGCUUGUCACGGGGUGGUACAGUCGGGGGCAAUUGUAACACUGCAUUACAGUUGCCCCAGACACCAUCAAAAUAGUGUCCAGCUUAGUAAGGACAUCAAAAUAGAUUGAUAGAUUCCAAUAAUUUAAGAAAAGUGUUUUUGCCUCUCAAUCUGGGGAUCCAUAUUACUGAGUAGGCCCUGUACACUCUCUGUUCACAGCAUGUUUAGUUUCAGAACAAGGAAAACAGCAAGGGGAGUUAAUUAAUUGUUUUGGAUAAUAUGGAUGUAAUGGAUAUUAAAUAGUUUUAACUAUAUCUAUAUUCUCUGGAGUUUAUUGUGGUCAUUGGUAUUUAUAUGAAGGUAUUACAUGUGUUGUUACAAUCGCCCCGCAUGUGGGGGCAGACGUUACAUUUAACUUCUAAUGUUUCAAUCAAUAUUGUGACUCUAACAUUGCUUGUAAAAACAUUUGGUGACUGUUAACAAGUAGAACACAAGUUACUGACAUAAAAAUUGUAUCCAAAUAUUUCAAAAGGCUUUUGAGUAAUGACAACAUGACCAAAAUUUGUUACAAUUGCCCCCGGUCUCCCCUACAUGAUGCAUGUAGUCUUCUGUUCCAGAUGCAUACCACAUUAUUAUUGUUGUUGUUUAUUUUAUUUAUUUUUCCCCCCUAGUCUUAUCUGUGUUCUUUCUGUUCUAGUGUCACAUGCAUAUAUGUAUGUAUGUACCAAGAGCUCCUGAAAAAAACACAACAAAUUCCUUGUGUGUUUGCACACACUUGGCGAAUAAAGCUCAGUCUCAUUCUGAUACUCUGAUGAGAGUUGUAGUUGCAAAGUUACUUAGUAGAAUGUCUAAAGUGAACUAUCAAAAUAAAGUGUAACCAAAAAAUAACUAAAAUAAAACAAAAUUGAAGGGGGAAAAAAAGUAGAUGCAGUUCAUUUCUCUCUAAUUCAAAUAUUAUUUUGAAGUAUAAAUAUUAUUAAUUUCAGUGGUAACACUUUUCUCAGAAAAAAAGGUACAAAAGCUCUCACUGGGGCGGUACCCUUUCAAAUGGUACAGCUUUGUACCUAAAUAGUGCACAAAAGUACCUCAACAGUACAUAUUGGUACCAAAAGUGUACAUAUUAGUACCUAAAUGGUACACAUUAGAACCUUUUUAAGGGUACCGCACUUUUGUACUUUUUUUUUUUUCCUGAGAGUAAGGUUACAUUUUUUAACUAUGCAAUAACUUGCAUGAUGAGUGUAUAUUUAUAUAUAAAUAUAUUUUGCAGCAUUUAUUACCCUUUGUUAAAGGGUUAAUUCACCCAAAAAUGAAAAUAAUGUCAUGUUGUAAUGUCGGAGCGUUAUGAAUCUUUUGUGUCGAAUCAGCGGUUUGGAGCGCCAAAGUCAUGCGAUUUCAGCAGUUUAAUAAUAAUAAUAUUAAUAUUGAACCACUGUACUCACAUGAACUGAUUUAAAUAUGUUUUUAGUACAUUAAUGGAUCUUGAGAGAGGAAAUGUCAUUGCUCGUUAUGCAGGCCUCACUGAGCCAUCGAACUUCAACAAAAAUAUCUUAAUUUGUGUUCUUAACGAUUAACGAAGGUCUUAAGGGUGUGGAACGACAUGAGGGUGAGUAAUAAAUGACAUUAUUUUCAUUUUUGGGUGAACUAACCCUUUAACAAAAAUGUUUUGAUUUUAAAUAUGUUUUAGUAAAUGUUUAGAUUAACAUUUACCUAGAAGUAUUGUUAAUUGUUAGUUCAUGUUAACAAAUGUAGUUAACCAAUGUAACAAACAGUAACAAUGUUACAAAUGAAACCAAAUGUCAUUACAAAAUGUUAUGCUAAUUCAAUGGCAAAAUCACUAAUAUUUAAUAAAAAAUGUUUAUUUGGCAUUUGAACUCCCUUUGUCUUCUUCAUAUAGUAAAAGCAUUUUUGCUAUUGAAGUUAGAAUGAGGAUGACAUCAUGUGUUUGGCUCUGAAGUGACAUUAAUUAAAGAAUGCCAAAGAUUCACUUUUGUGUUUUGAAGGCCUACUCACUAGCUUUCCAAAAUGGCUUUUGCGUUUUUUUUCGGCUGGCUUUUGAUUCUGGGUUCGUGCCCCAGGGUAAGGUCCUGUCUGCAGUGUGACACGGUGGUUCGUUAUGUGCAUGAAGAUUUCCUGUCCUCAGUUAAAGGAAUCACUGUCCGUGAUCAAAUUGAACUGAAGCAAAUCAUUGAGCACGCUUAUGUCAACUAUCGGGAGACCAGCACAUCAUUUCGUGGUGUCAUAGAUCCUACAACACUCUAUCGUGCACGAACAGAAUAUCAGAGUGAAUUCAAGAGGCACUGGAAAGAAGACAGCACAGGUUCUGUUCAGUGGGAUAUGAUUACUAUAGUGGAGAAAGGAAAGAGAAUCCUUCAGAAACAUUUGGAGAUUUUCAUUGCCCAAGGUCUGUGUCCAAAUAAAUGUGGGCUGCUGUAUCAGAGAGUGAUGAACUGCACUUCCUGUCAGUAUGGUCUUUUUACAUGUCUUUCAGCCACUCCGCCACUAGACUGUGGAGAGCAUCAUCUUGAGGCAGAUGAAGGAGAGGAGGUGGUGCUGGACUGUUUCCUGCCUUGGCAUGCUCUUGUCAUUGGACAGACCGAGUACCAUUACUCCUGGCAUCCUGAACAAAAAAAUCUGUCACAUGAUGGGGAGAACGAACUGCUGGUGGUGACAGAGGAGUCUAAAAUUGUACUAAAUCAGCUGACAAUCAGUGAGGAAGGCACCUACCGCUGCCUCCUACAGGAUCAAAAGGGUACUGUGCUGUCACGCAUGUAUUUCAAACUGAAAGUGAAGCCACUGCCAUCUACAACCCCUAGACUGAUUGCGGUGUUGCCGUCACUGCCCCCGGGUUAUGAUGCCACACCUCGCCCUCAUAAGAGCAGUUUCAUCAUUAUACUGAUUUUACUGACUGUACUCAGCAUCACAGGCAGCCUUGUCAUCAUAGUGUACCUCAGAGUGACCAUGAAGCACCAGAAGGAGGAGAGAGACAGCAGGAGAGGAGGAGAGGGGGAGGAUGGAGAAAACAUUGAGCUGGUGACUGUGACAGAAUGAGGGAUGCAAUCCAAAGAGAUACAUGAAUAAAUGACUAUACAUACCCAAAAGACUGAUGAGUUUGGAGUGUCUCAAUAUGAACAUUCAAAGGAAAAUCCAAAACUUGCGAUAAUACUCAUCAAGUAUUUAGAAAGGCCUCAUCAUAUAUUGUUGCCUGUGACUAGGAGAUACAUAACUUAUUCAGGGCUUCUGAAAAGAGUUCUGAAAAGAAAUGUACCACAGUUUUCCCAAGAGUGUUAAAGGUGCAAUCUGUAAAUUUUCUGUCUGCUAGAGGUCACUAGAGGCCUAUUCAAAACAAAGGCGUAGCUUGAUGACGCCAAGUUUGAGCGCGGAAUCUUGGGACAUGUGGUCUUCACUUCACAGCCGGUGGAAAGCAAUUGGGAUAGGAUGCGGGAAGAAAUCAUGUUCAUGGAUGCGAUUAUUAAUGUUACUGUAGUAUGAAGCAGAGCAGGGCUGAGUGUUGUGGGAGCUGAACGAGGCCGCUGGAGCGAUUGCGCAACACACACCGCGAACAGCGGAACUUUUAUUAUGCCACAGUCGCCGGCGCUGCUUCCGCUUUUCUGGUCAUGAGUAUGAGGUAACAGCUCUGUUUAUCAUAUUAGAUACAUUUGAGUGUGCUGAAAAUGAUGUUAUAAUGUUACUCUGUGUGUUCGCUCGGUGGCUGCUGUGAGACACUUGUUACACACUGCAGUAAGCUAGAUUGAUUUUAGAAUAUCAUAUUAAAUGCUGGAUGGCUUGUGUUGAUAAAUGGCAUGCAAUUAAUUUUAAAACGUAUUGUAUGAUGGAGAAAAUGCUGUAUUACUGUUACUAAAAAUAAAGUUGCAUCUGAUUAUGCUAUGGUAGCUACUUGACAAAAUAGUGUUUUUCACUGAGGCAUGGUAAAGCAUGGUACUCGCAAAAAAUCAAGAAAAUAGAUUUAAACUAUAAACUAAAUGUGUUGAGCUAUAUGACAAUAAUUAGUUUUCUGUCUAUAAAUAUAUCAAAACAGUUGUUCACUUGUCUAUUAAAACAUGUAAAUAAUAAGGCGUCUUUGGUGUUUCCAUGGUUUCUACAAAAUAAAACCGGAAACUGAGGGUAACGCGGGUAUGACGCAAUUGACAGGCGACUUCUCACAUGUCCCAGAGUCUUGGUUAAAAUUGCAAUUUUCUCACAACUUACAAAUAGUUGCAAACAUUUGGGAUAUUGUAAGUACUCAAGUGAACAAAAUAUAUAACAUUGGCCUAGUGGUUUUUGGAUAUUUUACUGCAAAAUUCUUACAUAUUGCAACUUUA